CUCGUUGCAGUAGGAGGGUCCAUGUGCACAGAAUGACGUCGCUCUGACUGCAAGUCCGACCGACUCCUUCGUUUGUUUUUAUUACUCUUUUAAUCCAGGGCGCCGGAUCGGCAAUCUGCAAAAUUGCGGCCACAAUGUGAGAUCCUCCGCCGCCGUCGUCCGCCCAGUCGCUGUCGUCCGUCCUGUCAGGAGCUGCGGCUCGCUGUGGAGGAUUACUAGAUAAUACGCAGCAGACUUCUCCAGCGCGUCUAGCUGUCAAACUGCAAACUAUGUGUUAGAAAGAGCGGACGCGAGCCAUUUGUUGAUAUUUGUGAGUUUGCUCUCCGCGUCGCUGUCGUCCUCUGGAUUACCGCUGCCCAGCAACACAGCCACCUGACAACUCUGAAUGUCGUAAUUAAGGUAAUCAAUGAACCAGCAAUGGAGACCAAAAGAUGCCAAAGUUUCUUUGACGGAAGUGACACAGAGAACAGAUGGUCUCAGGUCCAGAGCAACAUGGAGUACAGCUGCAGCGCAGAGGACUCGAGCCUGACGAGCAGCGAUAUCCUCAUGGACAUAGUCGGCGUCAGCUGCCCCGCCGGAAGCCCAGCCAUCGACUGCAAAGACAAAAACACAAAGAAGCAGGAGCCGCCAAUGCUUCGCCUCAGCCAGAACCAGCCAUUUGUUCUCCCACACUUCACUAACUCUCUCCAUACUCAUAAGCAGGAAAUGGACUCCAAGGAGCUUUCCAAGACCGUGGCUGAGUCUAUGGGGCUGUAUAUGAAUGCUGCCAGGGAGGCAGACUUUGCCUUUAGCCAGCAUGGAAGCAGUACCAGCCCUGGAAAGAUGUAUCCAGUGUGUGGACGGCCCCUGGAAGGGGCCCACUGUGGUUCCACCAACAGCCCCAAGUCAAAGCCAUUUUGUUUCCAUCAGUCCGGCACCACUCCCCGAGAAUGCGCCGCCGGGGCGCCUGUUAGUUCGGCGUCCAUGCUGGCCUCGUCGCUGUCCUGCAGCCCCCAGACGUCCAGCUCCAUCUCAAGUCCUGGGGGCAGCAACAAUAUGGUGUCGUCCACCACCAGUCCCCCCGCCUGCUUCGGAGCGGCGUGCUCGUCCGUCGGUAGUCCCGUCAGCCAGACGUCUUGCGCCGCGACGCUGGCCAACAUCAAGCGCAGGAAUUCCGCCACAUGUAGCCCCGUAGAGUCCAGCACAGUGGGCUCACCUCCACUCACCAGCCCGCUCAAUGUCAUGAGGUCCCCGAUGUCCAGCCCCCAGAGCAUGACCAGUGUGAGGUCACCCCUGUCCUGCAAUGCUACUUGUAAUAUUAGGUCAUCUGUGUCGAGCCCCACGGGCGGCAGCUGCCCCGGUACCGCCAGCAACUGCAACGCAGUCAGGCCCUCCAUCUCCAGUCCAGCCACCGGGGGCAGCAUGGCUGUCAGGAGUCCACAGAACCUGUCCUCCGGCGGGUUUCCUGUGUCCAGUCCUUCUGGCGGUUUGGGUUUGGUGCAGAACGACACCAACAGUCCAGAAGCAACAGGUCUGGCUAAAGACACAGACUUCAAGAACUUUGAGUUCCCCAAAGUGGAGAUGGUGGAUGGAGAGGUGUACAAUGUCGGCCUCGACCAGACGGGCAUGGUUAAGUACAUCAAGAACGAGCCGGGAACUGACUUCAGGAGCAUGUGUCUGGGGUCGUCCAAAUGUAACGCAGCAAGCACACCCUUCAUCACGCAAAUCAAGAGUGAGCCCAACAAAAACGAGGGCUGCAUGAAUCAACAGGCCUAUGGCGAGCAGUCCCCGUCUCUGGGUCUCUUCCCUGCGUCGGAGACCACCUAUUUGUCCCUGAGGAAUAACAUCGAUGAAUACAGUCUUUCUGGUAUCUUAGGGCCUCCGGUCUCCACUCUGAAUGGGAACUAUGAACCUGAUGUGUUUUCCAGCAGCGUCCUGUCUAAAGGGGUUAAGCAGGAGUCCACUGAUGGCAGCUAUUACCAAGAAAAUAACAACAUGCCUGCAUCGGCCAUUGUUGGAGUUAAUUCCGGGGGACAUUCAUUCCAUUACCAGAUUGGAGCGCAAGGAACAAUGUCUUUCACACGGCACGACGUGAGGGACCAGUCCAACCCUUUGUUGAAUCUAAUUUCGCCCGUAACGGCGCUAAUGGAGUCGUGGAAAUCCCGGCCAGGCAUAUCACAGGGAUCCCUGUCAGCGAGGGGCGAAGGAUACCCGGGUCAGACCUGCAUCACAGACAGCAUGUCCAGCUCACCACUCAGACAGCCCUCCUCCACAGCCAAAGUGUGCCUGGUGUGCGGCGACGAGGCCUCGGGAUGCCACUACGGCGUGGUGACGUGCGGCAGCUGCAAAGUCUUCUUCAAGAGGGCCGUGGAAGGUCAGCACAACUACCUGUGCGCCGGGAGGAACGACUGUAUCAUUGACAAAAUCCGGAGGAAAAACUGUCCAGCGUGUCGCGUACGGAAGUGUCUCCAGGCUGGAAUGAACCUCGGAGCCCGAAAGUCCAAGAAGUUGGGGAAGCUGAAGGGCGUCAGCGACGACCUGCAGUGCUCGAAGGACGGCCAAACUGCCGCGGGCGGCGUGGGAGGCGGCUACCUGUCCUCCGAGAAGGAGCUGAACGCCAGCGCCGCCAACGCCCUGGUGCCCAACGGGCCCGGGGGGGUCGCGCCCUUCCUGCCGCCCUCCAUCUGCAGCGUGCUGCAGCUGAUCGAGCCCGAGGAGGUGUACUCGGGCUACGACAACACGCAGCCCGACACCACCGACCACCUGCUGUCCAGCCUCAACCGCCUGGCCGGCAAGCAGAUGGUACGCAUGGUGAAGUGGGCCAAAGUACUUCCAGGCUUUCGGAGCCUGCCCAUCGAGGACCAAAUCACCCUGAUCCAGUACUCGUGGAUGUGUCUGUCCUCCUUCUGCCUCAGCUGGCGCUCCUACAAACACACCAAUGGACAGAUGCUCUACUUUGCCCCUGACCUCAUCUUUAAUGAGGAUCGCAUGCAGCAGUCGGCCAUGUACGACCUGUGUCUGGGCAUGAGGCACGUGAGCCAGGAGUUCGUGCGGCUGCAGCUGACCUACGACGAGUUCCUCUCCAUGAAGGUCCUUCUGCUUCUCAGCACAAUUCCCAAAGAGGGUCUGAAGAACCAGGCGGCGUUUGAGGAGAUGAGAGUUAAUUACAUUAAGGAGCUCCGGCGUUCGGUGGGAAAGGCGACCAACAACUCUGGCCAAACCUGGCAGCGCUUCUUCCAGCUCACCAAGCUGCUGGACGCCAUGCACGAUCUGGUGGGAAACCUGUUGGAUUUCUGCUUCUACACGUUCCGCGAGUCCCAGGCCCUGAAGGUGGAGUUCCCCGAAAUGUUGGUGGAGAUCAUCAGUGACCAGAUACCAAAGGUGGAGUCGGGCCUCACGCAUACAAUCUACUUCCACAAGAAGUGACUGACCACACACCCGGCCGGGACAGAAGCGGCGUUUUAACAGUGGAGGAGGCUCGACGGAGGCCUGAGCACUGGGCCCGCAGCCGCCGCCCCCCCGUCCGCUUCCCACCAGGGGGUCCCGCGUGCGUGACAUAGCGGCAGGAGUUAAAAACGGCGGGGCUCCAUUUCCACCCGGCGGUCGCGACCGGCGGGUCGGAGCUGUGAAUAGUUGGCGGAGUUGAGCGUGCGAGAAGGACUUGUGAGAAAUGUGACAAAGCAACCCGAAGCACCCGUGUCCCCCUGCCCCAAAGACGAUAACAGUGUUUUCUAUGGAGAUAAAGCCAUACAGUUUGUAGGAGGCUCUAGAAAUAUUCACUACACACACACACACACACACACACACACACACACACACACACACACACACACACACACACACACACACACACACACACACACA